CUUUCUCCCCUCUAGCCUCCAAGGAAAAGGGAAAAACAAAACCGCAAACAUGUCCUCCAGGCCCUACACCCUCCUCCGUUUCCCCAGGACACUCCCGGCACCCCACCGCCAACCCUUUGCCAGAUCACUACACACCUCCAUCCCCCGGACCCGGCCGAACACCUCUACCACCAGCCACGGUCGAAUAGGUUCUACUUUUAGUUCUGCUUCUGGUUCGGGAUCGGGAUCUUCUCAAAGCGGAAGUGGGAAGAAACCUAAUCGUCAUGCGUACUGGUAUCGCGAGAUCGUUCCUGCAAUGGUCCCCAUAUUCGUCAUCUCCACCACCAUCUUCCUCUCCCUCUCCCUCCUUCGUACUUACCUCUCCCACUCCAAAUCCCUCGCCGAAUCCGAAGCCCAUAUCGCUUUGCUAGAAACGCAGCUCGCCCAGUUGAGGCUAGAGCAGAAGAAGAUGAGGAUAAGAGAAAAGAGAGAGAGGGAAAGGAUGUUGCCGCUUGUGGUGGAAAGGGUGUUGCAAAGAGUGGGCGUUGUAGGUGAGGACGAAGAUGAGAAAGAGGAAGAGCAGCCGAGGCUAUUAUAAAUGUGAAAACUCAUUUGGUUUAAUGUUGACUGUGUCCUUUGAAAAGAGUAUAGUAUGGUUAAUGGAAGCAGGUGUCGCUUUGGGUCAACGAUCACUUUAAUGAUACUUGGAGCGAUAUGAAAAAGGUUGGUAAGAAUGUAUUCUGCGUU